AUGUCCGGCUCAGAUAGCCUGGCGGGCUACGUGUGCGGGACAAGUUCUCCGUAUACUACUAGUAUCCAGAGGACGACGCCCAGCUCGAGCACUGCCAACUACCUAGAGACGCAGGAAAGAGACAACAGCAAAAAGCAAAAACAGGCACGCGGCAAGGGAGGAGGGGGUGUUGUUCUCGAGACGACUCCAGUUUUGAUGUGCGACACGGAUGGGCGCUACGCCCUAGAUCGACAGAGUGCAUGCGUUGGCGCCAGAGGAGGUCUCGGGAUUGCUCAAGAGGCCUGGGCUAAUGAGAACGAGAUGGAUGGAUGGAUGGAUGGAUGGACGUUGGAUGUAAACGCAACGCCAGGAGCAGGCUAUCGAUGCGGGACUAAGGCAAGCGUCACUUCAGCCAAGACCGUGAGAAGGGAUACCGCAAGAAUCAGGCCACAUCGGACGAAUCAACAGGCUGGCAAGGUCUCGAAUCUCUUGACGAGUCGCGGUGUUGUUGGAAACCACUGUCUGGAUGGCCACACACAGCAUGUGCGAAGUCCGCAGCAUGCGACAUGCAAUAAUGCCACCGCUGGCAAUUACUGGCAUCGGGUGCCCGGUGUUAAGGCCCUUCCACUUGGCGUUGGGCGUUCGUUCCGCUAUUACCCUUUUGCUGCGGGUGCUGGUGAUGAUGCUGCAACCGACUCUGGCGUCUCGUAA